AUGGCGUCUACGUCUGAAGUGACACAAAAUAAAGCGAUGAAUUCGAUCGGCAAACUAGAAGAAUUUGAUGAAACACGCUGGACUGGACUGCAUAUAGAGAAAGAGUUGAACAGAUGGACCUCGGAAUGUGAGCAAGCCUUUCUGAAAGCAAAGGAGUUAAUUGCAUCCGAGGAAGUCCUUGCACAUUAUGACCCUCAACGCCCAAUCAAGUUAGAAUGCGCUGUAUCUCCGUAUGGGUUGGGGACAGUUUUAACACAAGUCAUGGGUGAUAAUACUGAACGACCAAUGGCUUAUGCUUCAAGGUCCCUUACAAAAACUGAAAAACAUUCUCAGAUAGAUAAGAAAGCAUUGACUUUAGUAUGGGGUGAGAAGAAAUUCCAUACUUACAUAUUUGCACGACAUUUCACCCUGCGAACAGAUCAUAAACCAUUGACAGAAAUUUUCAGUCCAACCAAGGCUAUACCAGCAACGACUGCUGCUCGACUCCAACGAUAUGCAUUAUUCCUUUCAUAGUUUGACUAUGAAAUUGAACACCGUAGUUCAACACAGCAUUGUAAUGCAGACGGGUUGUCCCGUCUACCUCUAGCAACAACUGAAGAUGAAGAAAAUCAGUCUGUUGACCCGGUUGAGGCAUUUCAUGUGUCACAGUUCAGCAUGUUGCCUGUCACUUGGCAGCAAGUACGCAAAGCAACCCAACGAGAUUCUACCCUCGCCCAAGUGUAUGAGCAUGUCAUGAAAGGCUGGCAUGAAAAUAAAGACCCCAACCUGCAACCGUUUUAUUCUCGAAGAAACGAACUAACUGUGCACCGUGUAAGGAUGUAUUAUGUGGGGGAGCAGAGUUGUCAUUCCCACAAGGUUACGAAGCGAAGUACUACAAGUAUUACACGAAAGUCAUGUUGGUGUGGUUAGAAUGAAUGCUCAGGUUAGAAGUUACGUUUGAUGGCCAGGAAUUGAUUUGGAGAUUGAAGGGCUAGCAAAAGGAUGCAGUGGUUGCCAGCGGGUUCAACAUGCCCCCAAAUGCUCACCAUUACACCCAUGGGAGCGGCCAUCUACCCCCUGGCAACGUAUUCAUGUCGAUUUUGCAGGACCAUUCCUUGGAAUGAUGUUUUUAGUGAUUGUUGACUCUCAUUCAAAAUGGCCAGAGGUAAUAACCAUGCACUCGAAAACAACCACCUCCAAUACUGCUGAAGCCCUGCGAACAGUGUUUGCUCGAAAUGGGUUACCAGAACAACUGGUUAGCGAUAAUGGCCCUCAAUUCACUGCAGAGGCCGGUUGUAUAAAACUCUUAAUCACUUUUUUAAUCACUAUUUUGUAGUUAAAAUUAAAUAAUCACGUAGUUUAAUCACGUAGUUAACUCGGUUGUAUAAAAAAGUGGUUAGCGUUAACUGUAGUUAAAACGUAGUUAAAGUUAACGGUGCUUUAGGGUAUCGUUAACUUCUCAAAACGUAGUUAAAAAUGGCGCUUGUAUAAGAGGGAACAACAUUUUUCAGUAAAACAACAAUAAAAAUUAAUGCUUACUGUAACUGGGAUUUUCAAUCGCGCGCUAUCUUCCCUGUGAAUGUUUUCUGACAAUAUAUAAAACUCUUCAAACGCUAUCGCUUUGGUUUUUCGGCGAAAACAACAUAUACUUUUGCACGGGAAGAUUUCUCGAAGACGAGUGGGGCCCAUUACACGAAGAAACAUGAUAUAUCAUUGCCAAACAGUUACACUUUGGUUUAACGUAGACAUCUGAAGUAAAAAUGGCCUUCUUCGUUGAUUUUUAACUUGUUUUAUAGUUUAUUUUUCACUGUUCUGAAUAAAAUUCCCGCCUAUUUGCAAAAUGCGAGUCCACAAUCGUGUAAAAAUGCUUGUCAGCGGUCGUUAAUCGCUGCUUACUUUAUGUAAUUUUGUGUUUAAAACGCCCCGCGCAAGCCCCACGUAAGUUAACUACGUGAUUAGUUAAUCAUCCUACAAGCUACGUUUUGUGCAACGCAAUUAAGUCGUGUAGUUAACUAAUCACAGUUAAGGAUUUAACUACAGUGAUUAACGCUAAUCAUAGUUAAAGUUAACGACGUUUUUUCUACAACCGGCCCCAGAAGAAUUCCAGCUAUUUCUAAAGAAAAACGGAGUUAAACACGUAACUUCAGCACCAUAUCAUCCAGCCACUAACGGCUUAGCAGAAAGAUUCAUUCAAACCAUGAAACAAUCUUUGACUUCAAUGAAGGAAGAUCAUGGCUCCACGCAGACCAAACUAUCCAAAUUCCUAAUGAAAUAUAGAAACACAGCACACAGCACACAGCACGACUGGUGAAACACCAGCAACUCUCUUCAUGGGACGAAAUUUACGCACACUGUUCAUAGUAGACUUGAUCAAACCGGAUAUUCGAAAGCAUGUUAUAGAGAAACAAGUCAGCCAAGCCAAACCCAAAGGUGCUAUUGCUGGUAAUGUACGUCAACUAUUCAUUGGGCAGGCAGUUAGUGUCAGAAAUUACAGAGGGAAGGAAAAGUGGAUUCAAGGAAUUAUGCGUGCUCGAACCGGACCAGUGUCAUACCAGGUCGAAAUUGCACCAAAUGUUAUCUGGAGGAGACACGUCGAUCAAUUACUUGCCUCGGAGAACAUAAACGACACUCACUCAAGAUCUCGAACCAGUUAUAUAUAUUCCAGACUUGGCCAAUGA